UAGGAAAAAAAAAAACAAAAAAAAGCAGCUUUUUUGUUCAAUGGCGAUGGAAGCAAAUGGGGUUGUUUCUUUUGCAGAUAAACUGUUGUUUAAGCAGCAAAAGGAGGAAGCUUUCAACAAUGGCGGCUCUCAUCUUCAUCUUGCAGUUGCAGAAAAGGUUGAAGAUGACUCCAUCAAUGGUGUACCUCUCAACCAUCCCAGCAUUCCUGGUUGGUUCUCUGAGCACUGUCCUCAAUGGCCAGGACAGGCACACUUCUUAAAGGUGGACAAGGUUUUGUUUCAAGGCAAAUCUGAUUACCAAUCCAUGUUGGUUUUUCAGUCAGCAGCAUAUGGAAAGGUGUUUGUGUUGGAUGGAGCACUCCAACUCACUGAGAAAGAUGAAUGUGCUUACCAAGAAAUGAUUACCCAUCUUCCUCUUUGUUCUAUUCCAAACCCCAAAAAGGUUUUGGUGAUUGGGGGAGGAGAUGGUGGCAUCCUAAGAGAAAUUUCUAGGCAUUCUUCCAUUGACCAAAUUGAUAUUUGUGAAAUCGACGCUAUGCUCAUUGACGUGUACAAGAAAUUUUUUCCAGAAAUUGCAGUUGGGUAUAAAGAUUCUCGAGUGAAUGUUCAUAUCAUAGAUGGAAUUGCAUUUUUGAAUUCCGUUGCACCAGGAACUUACGAUGCAAUCAUAGUGGACGCCUUCGAUCCAAUCAAGCCCGAUGACGAAGUCGUGAGAAGUAGGUUGUUUGAGAUGGUGGGAAGAGCACUAAGGGCAGGAGGAGUGCUUUGUAUUCAAGCAGAAAGCCUUUGGUUUCAUUGUCUUGACAUUCAAAAGUUGAUCUCAAAAUGCCACCAAGUCUUCAAAGGCUCAGUUCAAUAUGCUUGGACCAUUGUUCCUGCUUAUCCCAGUGGGGUAAUCGGUUUCUUGCUCUGUUCGACUCAAGGACCCAAAGUUGACUUCAAAAACCCGAUCAAUCCCAUCGACUCAAACGGGAGUUUUGGAGUUGCUACCAAACCCCUGAAGUUUUACAACUCAGAGGUUCACUCAGCUGCAUUUUGCUUGCCAUCAUUUGCAAAAAAAGGGAACGGGUUGGAUCCAAAUUUAAAUGUUUGAAUUUGCCACUCCCUUUGGAUCAUCAACUUUGCUAUUUAGUCCUUCAUCUUUUUUACUUUGUGAGAGAUUUCCCAUUAUUUUUCUUAAUUACUA